AUUCGUCAUAGCUAGUGUCAUUCGUCAUAGCUAGUCAUGAAUGCAAGCUCUACAUACAAGUUCCUAAGCCAAGUAAAGGAGGAACAUGGGCUGCCUCUCUUUGGUGUCCAAUUCAAUUGGUCCCAAGGAAACACUGACUUCUUUGCCACUGUCGGGAGCAACAGGGCUACUGUGUACAAAUGCAACGACGACGGGAGUAUAGCACCCACACAGGCAUACUCAGACACUGAUCCUGAAGAGAACUUCUACACAUGUGCUUGGAGCUACGACACUGAGACAGGAGAGGGGCUAUUAGCCAUUGGUGGUCUCAAGGGAAUCAUUCGAAUACUUGGAACAAGCACUGCUAGUUGCAGAGCAUCAUACUCUGGCCAUGGCAACGCUGUCAACGAGCUCAAGGUACACCCCUCUGACCCUCGCCUCCUACUGUCAGCCAGCAAAGACCAUGCCCUGAGGCUGUGGAACCUCAAAACGAGUGUGUGUAUCGCUGUAUUGGGAGGUGCCGAGGGACACAGAGAUGAGGUUCUGGGUGCUGACUUUAGCUUCCAUGGUGAUAAGAUCCUGUCGUGUGGCAUGGACCAUGCCCUCAAGGUCUGGGAGAUGAAUGACGAUAAACUAAGUAAAGCAAUCAAAGAUUCGUUUGAGUACCAGAGGUCAUUAAAAAAGAGUUUCCCAACUGUUUCCAUCCAUUUCCCCUCCUUCUCAACCCGAGACGUUCAUCGUAACUAUGUGGACUGUGUGCGAUGGUUUGGGUUCUUGGCCCUCUCCAAGUCAUGUGAGGAUUGUGUCGUGCUGUGGAAGCCUCCAGAGAAAGAGGCAGACAUUCAGAAGCCUACUGUUCUACAUAGAUUGGAGAUUAACCACUGCGACAUUUGGUUCAUUCGGUUUGCAGUGGACUACAGACAGAAGCUACUAGCGUUGGGCACCACCAAUGGAAAGAUUGCUCUCUGGGACCUUACUGUUGACGAACCAAGCAAAAUGAGGUCACACACUCUCUCACACCAUCGGUGCACGUCAGUGAUCAGACAAGUGUGUUUCAACAAAGAUGCAUCUGUACUGGUGGCGGUGUGCGACAAUGGUACAGUCUGGAGAUGGGACAAGAGAGAGAAGAAAUGACUCUCUUAAUUGUAACAUUAGCUCUUAAUUAUACUAAUAUUAUAUCAUUUUCCUUCAGCAUGUGAUGAGUAUUAAGAGCUUGCAUGGCUAACAUUGUUUUCAUAUACACUGUUACUAAUCACUCAAUUAUCUUACAUAUUAUAUCUUACCUGAAUAAUGCUGACCACAAAA